CGGCCAACCCAACCAUGAACGAGAACCGUAGAACGCCGGCCGAGGCAGGCCCGCGCGAGCUUGUGAUAGAAGAGCCGUAUAGAGAAGGGGAGAGGAAACAAGAGGGAGAGAGUUUUCGCGGAGCCGUUAAGCCGCCUGCCUUUCCUCCUCCGAGGCCGGCUGCUCCACCUAAUCCCCUUGGCGGCCCCCUCCCCCAGUCCUACCACCACCACCCGUCGAUGGCGGACGUCAAGCAGCCGCCUGACUCGUCCGCGAAGGCCGCGCGGCUGCCGUCCCCCACCGCGGCGGCGGCAGUGGCGGCGGCGGCGGCGCCCAACCGAGGCGGCGCCAGCUCCAAGGCGCAGCUGAUGGGGCGGUACGAGCUGGGGCGCGUCCUUGGCCAAGGCACUUUCGCCAAGGUGUACCAUGCGCGGCACGUGCAGACCGGGGAGAGCGUGGCCAUCAAGGUGCUCGACAGGGAGAAGGCCGUGCGGAGCGGCCUCGUCACGCAUAUCAAGCGCGAGAUCGCCGUGCUCCGCCGCGUGCGCCACCCGAACAUCGUGCACCUCUUCGAGGUCAUGGCCACCAAGACCAAGAUCUACUUCGUCAUGGAGCUCGUCCGCGGCGGGGAGCUCUUCUCUCGCGUCUCCAAAGGCCGCCUCAAGGAGGACAUAGCGCGCCGCUAUUUCCAGCAUCUCAUCUCUGCCGUCGGAUUCUGCCACGCCCGCGGGGUCUUCCACCGGGACCUCAAGCCGGAGAAUCUCCUCGUCGACGAGAACGGCAACCUCAAGGUCUCGGACUUCGGCCUCUCCGCCGUCGCCGAGCCGUUCCAGCCCGACGGUCUCCUACACACCUUCUGUGGCACGCCGGCCUAUGUCGCUCCCGAAGUGCUCGGCCGCCGCGGAUACGAAGGCGCCAAGGCAGACAUAUGGUCAUGCGGUGUUAUCCUCUUUGUGCUCAUGGCCGGAUAUCUUCCUUUCCAUGACAAGAACCUCAUGGCCAUGUACCGUAAGAUUUACAAGGGAGAGUUCCGGUGUCCAAGGUGGUUCUCCAAGGACCUUACCAGCUUGAUGACGCGCUUUCUUGACACUAACCCCAGCACAAGGAUCACCUUGGCAGAGGUCAUGGAGGACCGUUGGUUCAAGAAAGGCUUCCGGCCAGUCAAGUUCUAUAUUGAGGAUGACCAGCUGUACAACGUGAUAGAUGCUGAGAAUGAUGUGCUGGACUUGGGGCUUGCUGAUCCUCUUCCUCAACCAUUGCCACCUUCACCUCGCCAAGAGAUUGAUGCCGAUGACUCAGGAUCGGAGUCUGACUCAUCAGUUGUAUCCUGCCCUGCCACAUCCUCAUUUGAGGAGCACCAGAGGCUCCGUGGACCACUUCCGCGCCCUGCAAGCCUUAAUGCAUUUGAUAUCAUAUCAUUCUCCAGGGGAUUCAACUUGUCAGGGCUGUUUGAGGAAAAAGGGGACGAGGUGAGAUUCGUCUCGAGUGAGCCGAUGUCUGAUAUUGUAACGAAAUUGGAGGAGAUUGCAAAUGUGAAGAGCUUCUCGGUGCGGAAGAAGGAUUGGCGGGUGAGCCUGGAGGGUACAAGGGAAGGAGUUACGGGGCCACUAACAAUUGGCGUGGAGAUAUUCGAGCUCACACCGUCCCUUGUAAUGGUGGAGGUAAAAAAGAAGGCAGGGGAUAAGGAAGAGUAUGAUGAUUUCUGCAACAAGGAAUUGAAGCCAGGAAUGCUGCAUCUUGUGCACCAGAUGGUUCCAGCUCCAAAUAUACCUACCAAUGCUGAGUAGAUCGAAAGGCUUUCAAGGUUACAGGCGCCCCCCCCUGGAUCUAAUGCUGAUAGGAGCGAGUCCUCCAGGCGGAGUGAGCAGAGGCAAGAGUUGAGUGCAACUGACAAGAGGAUCCUUGUAGUGGGAGGACAAAAACCUGACCAGUUCUCGGGCACCUUUGAUGAUGAUCAUAUAAGACUUCCUUUGUCGGGAGACCAUAAUGUUGUUUGUGGUGGUAUUGUGGCUGUGUAUAUUCCGGUUGGUACCGUGGUAGCUGCUAAAUGACUUAAUUAGCUUGUUGUGUACCGGUGCUGUUGGUUUUCAGCAAAAUCGAAGGAUUUUGAGUAAUCGUUUAUUCAGGACCCAACUGAUUGAUGAAUAAAUUGGCUGCAAUGCGCAUCCUUGGCUCUGGCA